UUGACAUACGGAAGUGGCUUAUCCGGAAGUUGUUCUUCAUAAGGUUGUUGUUCUGUCCUCCGAUAAAACUAAAAGUGUCAAAUCAGCCAGAGAUCUAAACUAAACGCAUAUAAGAAACGUCUACGUUCGCAAAACAUCUCCAGGUGUUGCACAUUGAGCCUGCUCUGUGUCGCUCAUGGUUGAGCUGGAGACUGUGGAUCGAGCCUGACGUAAGAUGGCCUGUGUAGAUGAACCUCCAGAGAAGCACUGCUGGGUGUGUUUUGCCACGGAGAAGGAGGAUCGAGCUGCAGAAUGGGUCAGCCCAUGCCGGUGUAAGGGCUGCACUAAGUGGAUCCAUCAGUCUUGCUUACAGCGAUGGCUGGACGAAAAACAGAAGGGAAACAGCGGAGGAGCCGUCAGCUGCCCGCAGUGUGGCACAGAAUACCGGAUAGUUUUCCCCAAAAUCGGCCCUCUGGUGUACUUCCUUCAGCAGGUCGACAGAGUUCUGUCCAGGGCCAGUCCGUUCGCCGCAGCUGGAGUCGUGGUGGGCACCAUCUAUUGGUCGGCCGUUACUUAUGGUGCCGUCACGGUUAUGCAGGUGGUGGGCCAUAAGAAGGGUCUGGAUGUGAUGGAGCGAGCAGAUCCUCUCUUCUUACUCAUGGGUUUACCCACCAUCCCUGUCAUGCUGGUACUGGGGAAGAUGAUUCGCUGGGAGGAUUAUGUGGUGCGGCUUUGGCAGCGACACUCCUCUAAGCUUCAGAUCUUCAGUGGGCUUGUACCUGGUAUGGGCCAUCCUCAACCCCGCAUCCCAGUGGAGGGCAGUUACGGAGGAGACCAUCUCUCUGUGUCUCGCACCCUGUGCGGCGCCCUCAUCUUCCCCUCCAUCGCCAACCUUUUGGGACGCCUCCUGUUCCGCAGGGUCACGUCAAACCUGCAGCGCACCUUCAUGGGUGGCAUUGCGUUUGUGGUGAUCAAGGGAGUGCUUAAAGUAUAUUUCAAACAGCAACAGUACCUCAUCCAGGCCAACAGACACAUCCUGAAUUACCCAGAGCCCGAAGGACGAGCAGAUGGCACUUUUGAGGACGACAAUGAAAACAGUGGCAAUGAAUGAAGAUUAUGCACUUGAGAAAACAACAAAUACACUGUAGUAUAGGAUUCUCAGAAUAAAGAGAGACAUAUUUAUGAAUGUAUAAAGACCUAAUUUCUCAGUUUCACAUGGCUCUAAGUCAGCACAAACACAUGUUUGCUAUGUGUUACUAAAAUGCAAGGAUGAGUGAAAUUCUUUUAUCUGUGAGAAACGCUUGAUGGGGUGUUAAAGUGCCUGUAAUAGCAAAAUACACCAGUAGAUGGCGACAAAUGCAAAGCUGAAAACUGCACUGUGUAUUGCUGUCUCUGAAGACAUUGUAAUUUAGGCUGCAAAUGUACCAGCAGAAUCAUGUAAACAUUUUGAGAAUGAGUUAAUUGAUUCUGAUUGAAGAUAAAAAGCAAUGGCUCUAUGAUGACAAAAUAAACCCAAAAACAUUCAUGCUUUUAA